AUGGGCAAGAGAAAGGUGAAGCGGUCUGUCGAGCAGAGACAGCUCAAGCGCCAGAAGGAGGCCGACGCGCAGCUUUCGACGGGUCUGUUCAAUGAGUACGAUAGAGGAAGUGACGUGCAGAGCGAUGUGUCGUUUGACGAGGACGAGGAACAGGACUACGAGCUUCGUCCCAGACAGUUUAAGCAGCAGCAGGACGUGGAGGAAGCCCUGCCGAUCAAAACGUUGGACGGUUCGUUCCAACGUGUGAUGAAGGCGAAACAGGAGAAGCCUGUCGAGGAGCAAGAGGACGACGAGCCGGAACAGGAGCCUGAACCUGAACCUGAGUCUGAGUCUGAGCCAGAGUCUGACAACGACCUGUCGCCGCAGGAGAAGCUGAUCAAGACCAAAGAGGAGAUCGCGGCCAUUGCCGAAAGCAUCAUGGAGGACCCAGAGGAGCACGUUAAGCAGCUGUCGCGGCUGCGGCGCAUGGCCAAGUCCCGCAACCCAAACACAUCGAAACUGUCGCUUCUUGCUGCGGUUCCGAUCUUCAAGAGCAUUGCACCAGCAUACCGCAUCAGACCGCUCUCGGAGAUUGAGAAGAAACAGAAAGUGGGCCGCGACGUGGCAAAGCUGCGGUUUUUCGAGGAAACGCUCGUGUUCGAGUACAAGCAGUACGUUGAUCUGCUGAGCACCAAGUCGCGGGUGGUUGCCACGACACCCAAAGCAAGCGAGCUGGAUAUCCAGCUCGGAGUGCUUGCAAACAACGCCGCGUGCGAGCUGGCGCUAGCUCUGCGGUUCUUCAACUACAGAAAAGACCUGCUCCAGAUUGUUGUGAGACGUGCUAUCAGAAAGCCGGCCACAGAGCAGGAAUUCAAGGUGUACGAGAAGAGCAUCCAGACGAUCGAGGAGCUGUUCAAGGAGGACGCGGACCGCGGAGACAUCUCUCUGGAGCUGGCCACUCUACUCGGUCGCGCGAUCCGCACGAGAGAGUUCAAGGUGGACGAGAGCGUGGUGAACGUGUUUCUGGCCCUGAGCGUCUUGGAUGACUAUAACCCGAACGCAAAGGAGCACGAGGAGCCGCUCAAGUUGAAGAAGAAGGAGCGCGUGCACCUGUCGAAGAAAGAACGCAAGCAACGCAAAGAGCGCAAACUGAUCGAGAAAGAGCUUUUAGCAGCAGAGCAGGCCGUCACCGCCGAGGAACGCGAGCGCAAUCAGGCCCAGGUGCUCAAGAUCCUUGUCACGCUAUACCUGGAGAUCCUGAGAGCCAGACCAGAGAAGCUGAUGGCCCCCGUGCUCGAGGGACUCGCCAAAUACGGCCACCAGGUCAACGUGGACCUGAUCGGAGACUUUUUGCAAGUCUUGCGUGAGAUCUGCGAAAACAUGCUUGAGACCAUCAACGAGGGAACCAUCGUGAGCACAAGUCUGCGCCAGAUCCUGCUGGCGAUCGUCACGUCGUUCUCGCUGACCGCAAAUCUGCCUACAAAACGGAUCUCCGUGGACCUCAACAAGUUUGUCCAGUAUCUGUAUUCGCUGCUACCAUCUUUGGCAUUAGACCCAGACAUCGAGUUUUCUCACAAAACUCUUAGAUUGAUCGACCCGCUCCAAACAACAGCACAGUACCGGCCAAACGUCAACAUAGCCACCAAAGCAGAGCUCUUGCUACGGUGUCUAGACUACAUUUUCUUCAACUCGAGAUCGGGCUCGGGGAAAAGAUCCCUCGUGUUCACCAAAAGGCUCUACUCUGCUAUACUCCAAACACCAGAAAAAUCCAGCAUUGCAGGUCUUAAGUUCCUAGACAAACUGAUGGCCAGAUACGAAGACAUCAAGGGCCUGUACACCACCGAAGACCGCAUCCAAAACGGAGUGUACCGUCCAGAGAUGGACAACAUGGAGCUGGCCAACGCAGACGUAGCCGUGCUGUGGGAAAACGUGCUGCUGGAAUCCCAUUACUGCCCCAACGUGGCUGCUGGCGCAAAAGCAGUGAUGAAAAGGGCUAAAUAA